GAAAGUACAGUACAACAAUCGAGAUGGCACCGAAAGCUAGUGGAAAGGCCGUUAAGAAAUCCGGCAAAGCUCAGAAGAACAUUGUGAAGGGAGACAAGAAGAAGCGCAAGCAACGCCGUAAGGAAAGCUAUGCUAUCUAUAUCUAUAAGGUGUUGAAGCAAGUUCACCCGGACACCGGAGUCUCGUCGAAAGCCAUGAGCAUCAUGAACAGCUUUGUCAACGAUAUCUUCGAACGUAUUGCUGCCGAAGCUUCUCGUCUGGCUCAUUACAACAAGCGUUCUACGAUCACGUCUCGCGAGGUUCAGACAGCCGUUCGUCUGCUGCUGCCAGGAGAAUUAGCGAAACAUGCCGUUUCGGAGGGAACAAAGGCUGUCACCAAAUAUACCAGUUCCAAGUAAAUUCUUCUGACCAAUAAUUUUAAACAUCGGCCCUUUUCAGGGCCAUCAAUUUGUUACCAACGAGUUAUACUGAGUUUUAUACGUUGCUGGAUUCAAGUGUUCCAACAUAUUGAACGAAACGAAAAAGUGCAGUAUUGAAAAAAACAUCGAACGAUUUUAGUUGAAUCGUUGAGGCAGGGUAUUGUCAUUUCCGAUUUCUUGCUUUUAGUGUCAUAAACAAAAUUCCUUAGAUAUCUACAGCAAAACAAGGUUUAGAUUCUUAUGGUUGAGUCGGUUUUAACUGUAACGUCAAUAGUCAACAAGGAGAUAGUGGAAAUUAUCAGCGACUCAAUGAUUUUUUAUAUAUCGAGUAGUUGCAUGUCCAAGUUUUCCAAAUGCGUUCACCGAGAGAUUGUAGUAUAUGAAAAAAAUCAGAAUUUGAAGCAAAUUAUAGGGGAAUGGUACCAAUAGUCAUCUCAUUAGUCGAGUCAGCAUAUUCUUGUGCUUAUUACUCGGCCUACAAUCAAUUGUAAAAGGCAUUGCAAUCGGUCGAUAUAAAUUUGCUUCGAAUCUAGGAAGCAAUAUUACUGGAAAAAUUAAAAGAAAAAUGUGCAAUGCCUCUGUUAUAGUGAUAAGAAAGUUUGAGGCAAAUGCACCUAUUUUCAUUUUAUCCUUUGAGCUAAUGUAUUGAACAGAUAAGGCAUAUGUACAUAAUACUAACUAAUGGUAUUCUUGAAAGAUAUGGAUAAUGGAGCUAAGAUGAUUAAGAGA